AUGGCUCGGCUCUCGGUCAAGGAGCACUUGGAUGGGAUCCUCUCCGACUUUGAAGCGCUCAAGAAGUCGUUUGAGGCAGAGGAUGGCAGUGAGGUGCCUGGAUCCCCACCAGUGUCCCCACUGGGCACCAACGAGGGCCACCGGGCACUGCAGCCUGGCCACCUGCCACACUCAGGCACUGCCACCAGCCCCAGCCCCACGCUGCGCAGCCUCUCCAUCAGCCAAGCCAACAGCACCGCUGGCACCGCUGGCACCACCAUCACCCGUGUCGCCUCCUUCCAGUCUCGCCAUGGCUUCACCAUGGGGCCUGGCAGCGACGGCGAGAGCCUCCGCAGCUCAUCCUCCAGCCUGGAGAGCCCAGCGCCCACCGGGCCCCCCCUGCUGCCAGGCACCCCCCCAGCUGCCAGCCCAGGCCUGGCACGGGUCCCACCCCACGGCAGUGUCUCCCCAGCGGAGCUGCAGCAUGCCCUCUGCAGGGCCACCCCCAGCUCAGUGCCCAUGCUGGACCUGCACAUUGCUGAGGAGCCGGGCAUGGGCACACACCCACCAAACCCCCUGCCCUGGGACACCCAGAGCCCUGUGACCCUCCCUGGAACACGCCAGCCUUUCUCCUCCUCCUCCUCCCCAUAUGAUGGCAACGAGGCAGCCCCAGGGCUGCCCACGUUCACUGCGGGGCCACGGGAGUGGAACACAGCCCCCCAAGUGCUGCCCCAACCACCGCUGAGGGUCAGCCUCGACGUCAGCCUCAGUGCCAGCCCCAGCCUGGCUCGCCGGCCCCCACCAAUGCCCCGGGGCCAGGGGGAGGCAGUCCUGGUCCCCAGUGCCCCUUUCCCAGGCAGGGCUGAGGGGCUGCCACCACACGCAGUCCCCCAAGCAGCCCCCUUCAAGCUGGUGUCCCAGCCACAGACAGUGCAAGUGAGCUCCCAGCCUGCCUUCCUCGGGGGACUGGUGCUGUUGCCAGCCCUGGGGACCCUGACAAUGCCCCAUGGAGCUGGGAUGAACCCCCCCAGUGCCAGGCUGGUGGGGCCACAAGGACCCUGCAUGGUGGCAGCAUCUCCCAGCGAGGCUGUGGAUGGUGACUGGGCUGCAGUGACACCAGAGCACGGGAGCAGCCUGGAGCCCGAAGAGCACAGCAUGGAGCCACCAGCCAUGCCCGAGGAGGAGGAGGAGGAGGAGGAGGAGCUGCCCCUCAGCACGGUGCCCGGCCCAGCGGGAUGCCAGCUCUUCGGUUACGUGGGCAUCGAGGCCGUGCUCGACCAGAUGAAAGUCAAAACCAUGAAGAUGGGCUUCGAGUUCAACAUCAUGGUCGUGGGGCAGAGCGGGCUGGGGAAGUCGACGAUGGUGAACACCCUCUUCAAGUCCAAGGUGAGCCGCAAGGCCUUGCAGCCCGGCCAGGACGAGAGGAUCCCCAAGACCGUGCAGCUGCACUCCAUCACCCACAUCAUCGAGGAGAAGGGUGUGAAGAUGAAGCUGACAGUGACGGACACACCGGGCUUCGGGGACCAGAUCAACAACGAGAACUGCUGGGAUCCCAUCAUCAAAUACAUCAACGAGCAGUACGAGAGGUACCUGCGUGAGGAGAUCCUCAUCACCCGCAAGAGGAAGAUCCCCGACACCAGGGUCCAUGGAUGUGUCUACUUUGUGCCCCCCACGGGUCACUGGCUGCGCCCACUGGACCUGGAGUUCAUGCGGCGGCUCAGCAAGAUCGUCAACGUGGUGCCAGUGAUCGCCAAGGCAGAUACCCUCACCCUGGAGGAGCGAGCAGAGUUCAAGCAGCGGAUCCAGGAGGACCUGAGGACCCAUGCCAUCAGCCUGUACCCACAGCAGGACUUUGACCAGGACCCGGAGGACCGGGCGCUGAACGACAGGAUCCGGGAGAAGAUCCCCUUUGCCGUGGUGGGGGCAGACCAAGAGCACCAGGUGAAUGGCAAGAGGGUGCUGGGCCGCAAGACCAAGUGGGGCAUCAUUGAAGUGGAGAACCCUGCACACUGCGAGUUCCCCCUGCUGAGGGACCUGCUGAUCCGGUCCCACCUGCAGGAUCUGAAGGACAUCACCCACAAUGUCCACUACGAGAGCUACCGUGUGCGGCGGCUCAGCGAGAGCAGCCGCCUGGCACUGAGCCCCCUCAACGGGCUGCCCGCCAAGGGCGAGCCUGGCAGUGCCCUCUGA